GUCUGUUUCUCUUUGCAUGUCACGCAACUCAACGGUAUAUCGGGACGGCUUUUCGUACUCUUUACGAUUAAGAAGUUGUCUUUCAACCAAGUAAAUGUGACAGAGGAUAGCAUCAAGCGAAUUUGAAUGACCCUCUGAUAGAGGAAAUGAUAAGUGUCGCCUCGUUGAACUGGAAAUUAUGCGAGGGUUCUUCAGCUUUGCAACGCCGGCAUGAGACGGGAACAACUUUGUGCCCAAAUAUGGACCUUAUCUCCGAAGAGAAAUUCCUAAGCUGUCAUCAUGUCGUCAGGUAUUAAAUUGGAAGAACGCUGCAAGAAUAUGUUCUCUUUAGUCAAAGACAAGCACGAACAUGCAUGGGUCAUCAUGAAGAUUGAAGAUAAACAGGCAGUUGUGGUUAAGGAGACUCAUGGCAAACUAGAAUCCAGAACUGAUGUAGAAAAAAAUAGGAAACUCUUUGGCGAGAUGUUGCAGAAGGUUGAGGAACUGGGAGGGCCCUGUUACAUCCUCUUUGACUUUAUUUAUGAACAGAGCAGUGGUAGUUCCAAAGAUAAACCAAUUUACAUAUAUUGGUGCGAUGAUGACACGGUUGGAGUAAAGGAAAAGAUGAUGUAUGCUGCAACUAAUAAUGAAUUGAAGAAGCAAUGUGAUGGAUUUGUGCCAUACGAAAUGCAUGAUAAAGAUGAUUUCAAUUUCAAAUUCGUUUCUGACGAUUUGAAAGGAAAGGACAGGCAAUAACUUGUUGCUGUCAAAAUAAGAACAGUACCUUUACCAACCACUUUGUGAUCUCAGUUUUGGAUGAAUCAGUAUAAAUAACAAGCCUGCUACAGCUGUUAGAUCUCGUCAGCAAAGAGGUUAUUUCAAAUAAAGUAUGAUGAGUGUAGUUGCUGCAUGUAUAAUCUAGUUUUGUUCUCUCACUGCAAUGUAUUUACGGGAAAAAGGUUAAUAAAUGACAAAUUUCACUA